AGUGAGGAGGAAGGAGGAACAUGUCCGCCGUGCAGCUGCUGCGGGUGUAGGUACAUGAGCGGAUCAGCGCUGCCGCUGAAGACUUCCUGCUGCGGGUGGAGAAAGGAGGAGAAAAGUCUCAAGUCCCGGAGCUGAGAGCGAUGCUCACCGAGCGGCUCGCGGCGGCGGGGGAGCAGAUCCUCGCGGGAUUUGAGGAAACCUUGUCAGAGUACAAGGACCGAGUGGAGCGGACAGAGAGGUCCGAGCUGGAUAUCUGCCGCCAGAGGAGGCUGCUCGAUGCCGCGAUGCAGCCCGUAGUCCGGCUGCACAGAGCAGUGUGUCCUGCAGAUGUCCAGCAACUGAUGGUGAUUAAAGAAGAGGUUCCCUCUGAACAGAAGCAGUGGAGCCCCCUUGUGGACCAGGAGGACCCAGAGACCCCCCACAUUAAAGAGGACCAGGAGGACCCAGAGCCCGCCAACAUUAAAGAGGAACAGGAGGAACUGUGGACCAGUCAGGAUGGACAGCAGCUUCAAGGACUGGAGGAGGCUGAUAUCAAGUUCACAUUGACUCCUGUCGCUGUGAAGAGUGAAGAAGUUGAAGAGAAACUUAAAUCAUCAAAGCAUCAUCCCAGUGAGACGACGGAGAACAGAGUGGACUGUGGAGUACCAGAACCAGCCAGAAACUCAGGUCCUGAUGGACGUUUACAACCAGGUCCUGAGGAAAAGACUGAAGACUCUUCUGAGACUGAAGACAGUGAGGAUGAUUGGAUGGAGACAUGGGAAACACAGACUCGUUUAAAUACAAGAAAUAACAAACAGCCUCUAAGUGAUAUGGGAUGUAAGACAGAAAAAAAACUGUUUAGUUGCUCUGAGUGUGGUAAAAUAUUUAACCAAAGGUGCAGUCUAAAUAGACAUAUGAGGAGUCAUGCAGGAGAGAAACAGUUUAGUUGCUCUGAGUGUGGUAAAAAAUUUAUGCUAAGGGAAUAUCUAAAUACACAUAUGAGGAGUCAUACAGGAGAGAAACCGUUUAGUUGCUCUGAGUGUGGUAAAAGAUUUAGCCAUAGGAGCCAUCUAAAUAGACAUAUGAGGAGUCAUACAGGAGAAACACCAUUAAGUUGCUCUGAGUGUGGUAAAAGAUUUAGCCAUAGGAGCCAUCUAAAUAGACAUAUGAGGAGUCAUACAGGAGAAACACCGUUUAGUUGCUCUGAGUGUGGUAAAAAAUUUACCGAAAGGGGCAAUCUAAUUACACAUGUGAGGAGUCAUACAGGAGAGAAACCGUUUAGUUGCUCUGAUUGUGGUCAAAGAUUUACCGAUAAGUCAAAUCUAAAUAGACAUAUGAGGCGUCAUACAGGAAAAAAAACAUUUAGUUGCUCUGAGUGUGGUAAAGGAUUUAGCCGUAGGAGCAGUCUACAUAUACACAUGAGGAGUCAUACAAGAGAGAAACCGUUUAGUUGAUCUAAGUGUGUCGUUGACGUUUAUCCUAAAUAUGAGAAGAGCUGAACCCGGUUAGGUUCAAUCCAGUAUUUAUUUAGGAAGCAAUGACAGGGUAUGAAAAGUUCAGCAAAGCAAUGGGCAUCCAGCAUACUGCCCCAGGACUCUAGCAGCCCUAGGGAGGUCUUGAGUCGCAUCAGAACGCAUCAAACAGCCUGCGUCUGUAUCUCUUAUAACAGUAGGUAGUAUAUCCUCAUGGCAUUGGAAUUCGGUAGUAAGCAGGAGCCACUCCCAGUCACGCUCAUCUGAUAGUUGCUAAGUGAAAGAUCUCUUCAUUACAGCCUUGACACAGCUGACGCCAUAUGGUGUUGUCCAUUGGAGUAAGGCAUAUUAUAAUCUAGUUAUAUCGGCUGUAAGUUCUGUUUGUACAGACAUUCGAAACAACUAAACCAAAACAACGAAAACAACAAUGUGACUUACAUACAUUCUAAAUUCAAGAUUAAACACUAGGAAGGAAAAGGUUAUUAUUAAAUAAUUUGUGUGAAGGCCAUUUAUCUGGCCCAAACUGUUAAUGCCCCCCCUUUCAAGCUUUUUUGCAUUGAGUUCAGUCAGACACACUAGCUAAAAUAUUGAAUUCAUAACCAUAAACGAUUUAAGAUUCAGUCCUACUGUAUGAGACAUGUGAGGAUUCAUAAAGGAGAGAAGUGAUUCAGUUGCAACCUUUGCAACAAAAUAUUUAUUAGGAUUUAUCAGCAGAUAUUCAUUUUAAACAUAUUCAUAGUUCACUGUUUUAAGUAGGCUAUUAACAGUUUUUGUGUCCCUAGAAAAUAUAACUCAUUGAAUAACAAGGAAGAUUUGUGUUUAUAUAUCUUGUUUCUACUGAUUUCUUAUUAGUUAUCCAUUUUUCAUAAAGUCCUUCAUGUCAUUUUAAGGUUAAAAUGUGUUCAUUGCAGAGUAUGAAUGUGUGUUUGUAACUAGUUCAUAUGAAUAAAUGUGUUUGUUUUAAGACAAUGGUUUCUUGGUUUGAGAGAUUCAAUGACAUUGUCUGUUCUCCUUUAUGUAUUGAAUGGGUUUCCAACAAUUAAAGUCUCAUAAAAAGAUAA